AUGUCCACAGUUAUUCGAGAUGCCAUGGCUGUCUGCAAGGCCUUGGAUAUUAGGUUUCUCUGGAUCGAUUCGGUCUGCAUUGUGCAAGAUGACAAGUCGGACUGGGAAGUGCAGAGCCAACAGAUGGGUUCAGUAUAUCGCUACUCCUUUUUGACCAUAUGCGCUCCGACGUCUCACUCCUGCGACCAGGGAUUCCUAGGUUCGAAUAAUCACGCAAUCGACGUCCCAUUCAGGUCGCGUAUCAACCCUGGCAUUGUGGGAAGCUACACCAUCGAGGACCAAGGGCAGGAAUCAGGGAUGCGCUUCCUACACCCUAACAACCGGACUCCCUAUAAUAUCGAUACCGGGGUCUCCUCCUGGGCGACUCGUGGAUGGGUGUUUCAGGAACGGAAACUUUCUCCUCGAAAACUCGUAUUUGGGAGGUCUAUGUUUCACUUUGUUUGUGCCCAUCACAGCAUCUCUCAGAACGGCCUUGUACUCCCCUCGCCAAUGAUGGAAACGCUGUUGCCAGUCUUCCGAGCACUACAGCUCGGGUUGUUUAAUGAAGGAGACGUCCAUAUGGCAUGGACAGAAAUUGCUUCCGAAUACGCGGAUCUAACCUUGCAGCAACAACACGACAGGCUGCCGGCUAUAUCUGGUUUAGCGCAGCUCUUUGCAGAUUCUGCGAGACUCUCGGAAGACUCGUACGUCGCUGGACACUGGAAGGCUCAUCUCCUGAAAGGCUAUGGGCUGCUGUGGCAGCGGGAGUCGAUUCACACACGACAGAGCCUCCUUGAUCAGUUCAGGGCAGCUCAGCGCCUCAAGACGCCAACUUGGAGCUGGGCUAACCAAGCAAGAAGCUUCAAGCCCGGCUAUCUACACUACCAUCCUCACGGAUCCCCUGCGCGCCCACAUUCAUGUGUUGAGUUCCAGAAAAUGGACGUAGAGACAUCCCACGCGGGUUUAAACGCUUUCGGCAGCGUUACCAGCGGCAUGAUCAGGAUGACGGGAAGACUGAAGGCCUACGCGUCACUACGCGUCUCCAGGCAAUAUCCGUCAACAUAUGCACGACGAUUGUUUGAAGGAGAUUGCCACAUUGCCGAUUGCGUUCUUGAUUGGGUUGUGCACCAUGAUGGCGAAGAACAGGAUGGACUUAUACUGCUGCCUCUCCUGAGUGCCUGCCCCGGCGAGUCUCCAGGCUUGCUCAUAUACGACGAGCUAAGGGGCUACGAUAUACCAUCCCAGCGAGCGAAAGGGAGAUGUGUAGUUCCGUCCAGCAAUGCAUACACGUUUUCGGCAACUAUGAACGCCACAAUUCUGAAAAGAAUGACGAGUCCUGAAAAUCAAGAAGACGCCGAGCCCAAGUGCCAGUGUUUUAAGACUUGUGCCCAUGCAGAGAAAGUGAAUCGGGAUGUCUUCGGGAUCGUUCUGUGUCGAUCUGAUGUGCCUGAGCAAUAUUGGCGAGUAGGAGUCUUUUUCUCAGAGGCAUCAGAGACAGCUGGGCUGGCUCUGUUCCGUGACGUGGCGUAUCAGGAAAUCAUCACCACGUAG